AUGUGGCGUCAGGCAGCUUCAACGCUGCUGGAAGCAGUGCAAGAUGAUGCCAGUCUUGCCGGGGAUGCAUUUCUGGAGCUCUAUUCUGGCGAGGGUGGGACCGAUGCAAUGGAUUGGUGCGCUAUGCUGGGAGACAUGUACGAGUCAUGGGCAGACAAUGAAGGCAUGCAGUCAGUACGAGUGCAAGAAGUCCUGGGCGAAGCUGGCUUUCGGUCUUUGACAAUCCAACUUUCAAAUCUCUCAGGCCGUCACAUCUGUGGCUUGUUGGCCGAGUCUGGCGUGCAUCGGCUGAUCCGAACCUCGCCCUUCGAUCGGAAAGCCAGGCGUCACACCUCUUUCGCGGUGGCCGCAGUGCUGCGAGCUGAAGACGAUGCAGAGAACGAAGUGCACAUGCCGCGCUCCGCGCUGAAAGUGGAGACGAUGCGCGCAUCAGGUGCAGGCGGUCAGAGUGUGAACAUGUCUGAGACGGCGGUGCGGAUCACACAUCUUCCAACCGGAAUCAGUGUGAAAUGUCAACGUGCUCCCUCGCAGAUUGAGAACUCCAAGACGGCCUUGAAGUGGUUGCGUGCCAAAGUGCAAGCACACCAAGAUGCGCAAAGGCGCCAGGAACGUGCCAAACAUCAACGCGUUGAAGCCUCUUCUGCCUCCGAUCGACGAAUACGCACCUACACUCUGCAUCCGCAGGAACUGGUGAAGGAUCAUCGCUUCAGUUUGCAGACGCGGGAUGCGGGCGCAGUGCUUUCAGGCGAUGCCCUACAACCCUUCUUGGACUGUGGAGUCCUCUGGGCAGUUGCGCAAGAAUGGAGGGCCGAGCAAGAAAAGGGAGCAGCAAAAAGUUUUGCGGAAACCGCGAGACUGGCCCUUCGUCGAAUUCGCCGUGAGAGCAGCUUGGGCGGUGCCUUUCUCAAAGUGCCCCACGUGCCCUGGCGUUCCGCUGCCUUGGCCGCUGCCGUGCCCGGGCUCCGCCUCUGUCGCUUGUGCCGGCCCGGGCGCAGCCACGUCCGUGGCCACGUCCGUGGCCACGUGGCCCGUCGAGGCGCCGUGGUGGAAGCUCCGGAGGCGGCGGCACCGGCGAAAGCCGCGAAAGCCGAGAGUGCAGGUGAUCUGGCCGCGGAGAUACGCGGAGAUUUCCCUGCGUUGCGCACCGAUGCCUAUAUGGGCGUGCCAUUGAUCUAUUUGGACUCAGGGGCGACUUCUCAAAAGCCUUCCUGUGUGUUACAAGCUCUCACAGAGUACUAUGAGCACUCAGCCAAUGUGCACCGUGGAGCCUAUGCCCUGGCCGAACGUGCCACUGAGGCCUUCGAGCAUGCGAGAAGCAGCGUAGCAGAACUCAUUGGUGCAAAGAGUCCAGAGGAGAUCAUUUUCACCUCUGGUGCUACGGAUGCCAUCAACCUGGUGGCGGAGAGUUGGGGUUCAGUCAACCUGAAACCGGACGAUGAGGUUCUCAUCACUGUCAUGGAGCAUCACUCCAACAUCGUCCCAUGGCAGCUGGCCACACAGAGGACUGGAGCAAAGCUGAAGUGGGCUGGCAUCACUGACGAGGGGAAGCUGGAUGUGGAGGAGUUCAAACGUCUCCUAAGUCCCAAGACCAAAAUGGUGGCGUUCGUUCACAUCUCCAACACACUGGGCUGCAUCAAUCCAGUCAAAGAGAUGGCGGACGCCGCGCAUGCCGUGGGAGCCAAGGUGCUUUUGGACGCUUGUCAAUCUGUACCACACCUGAAAAUUGAUGUGGCUGAGCUUGGCGUUGACUUCCUGGUGGCUUCCAGUCACAAGAUGUAUGGCCCAACCGGCGUGGGUUUCCUCUGGGGCAAGUCCGAGAUCUUGGAGGGCAUGCCUCCCUGGAAAGGAGGUGGGGAGAUGAUCAAGGAGGUUCACAUGGAUGAGUCUUACUAUGCAGAUGUGCCUGCACGCUUCGAAGCUGGCACACCGCCCAUCGCACAAGCUGUCGGUCUAGGUGUUGCAUGCGACUAUUUGCUGCGCAUCGGGAUGGAUCGGGUAGAGGCCUAUGAGCAGGAACUUUCCAAAUAUCUUUGGGAGUCUCUGAGCCGUGUCAAUGGGCUGAAACUCUAUGGCCCACCGCCUAGCAUGGGCCCUCGCGCUGCGCUGGUGGCCUUCAACGAUGUGGAGCCAGACAUCUAUCCACAGGAUGUAGCUGGUGUGCUUGAUGCCGAUGGGGUGGCAAUUAGAGCUGGACACCACUGCGCCCAGCCGUUACACAGGGAGAUGGGUGCAACUUAUGGCUCUGCCCGCGUAUCAUGUGCAUUCUACAACACCAAGGAAGAGAUCGACAAGUUCGUGGAAAUCCUUGAUGAAGCUCUUGAGACAGUGAGGUCUGGAGAUGCUUGUGUUUUUGAUCCGGAUGACCCGGACUCGUGCAACUGUUCCAGUUCCAGGAUGCGGUCGUGA